CCGAUUUUAAUAUUGCUGGCGUCGGUCACACUGACAAAAACUAAUAAUUUCAUUUUGCCGCAUUCGCGUUUUACGUUCUUCAUUUUUAGCAUUUUAACUCGCAUAUCAUCCUGCUUCUAUGAAAAUGGAAGACGGCCACAUGGGGGAAAAAUGUGCAUCCUUGGAGCAUGCCUCGCCGGAUCAGCAAAGACAGUUUAUUUGCGGUGUAAUCGAAGGCUUUUAUGGUCGACCCUGGACAACUGAGCAACGAAAAGAUUUGUUUCGCAAAUUAAAAAAAAUGGGCAUGGACUCGUAUAUGUAUGCUCCGAAAGAUGAUUACAAGCACAGAGCCUACUGGCGAGAACUGUAUACGGUCGAAGAAGCAGAUCACUUAUCAAGUCUGAUUUCGGCUGCCAAAGAGGCGGGUAUUGUGUUUUAUUAUGCGCUAUCGCCAGGUCUGGACAUGACUUAUAGCAGUCAGAAGGAGAUUGCAACGCUUAAACGCAAACUGGAUCAAGUGUCACAAUUCGGCUGUGAAGCAUAUGCUUUACUAUUUGAUGAUAUUGAAUCGGAGUUGUCGAAAGCCGACAAAGAAGUGUUUCAAACAUUCGCCAACGCCCAAGUGUCGGUUACCAAUGACAUCUUUACGCAUUUAAGUGGUCCAAAGUUCCUCUUCUGCCCCACCCAAUACUGUGCGUCACGUGCUGUGCCUAGCGUCGUCGAUUCUGAAUACUUGAACACAUUGGGCUCCAAGCUAAACAAUGAUAUUGACAUUCUCUGGACUGGCGACAAAGUGAUAUCCAAGAUUAUAACAAUCGAAUCGGUACGAGAAAUAACUGAGAUUCUACGGCGCCCGCCGGUCAUCUGGGAUAAUUUGCAUGCCAACGAUUACGAUCAAAAGCGUGUAUUUCUGGGUCCUUACUCGGGUCGUUCACCAGAGCUGAUACCGCAUCUGCGCGGCGUCAUGACUAACCCUAAUUGUGAGUUUUAUGGCAAUUUUGUGGCAAUUCAUACGUUGGCAUUCUGGUCACGCUGCAGCAUUGACUCCAAGAUGGAUAGCUCGCUGAGUGCGGAUAUCAAGCUGGAAACAGAGAACGAAGACGAUUUACCCGUUGAGUGCAUCUCCAAGAACGUAUAUCAUCCGCGUCUAGCUCUAAAAAAUGCCAUUAGCGAAUGGCUGCCGGAGUUUUUUGUGGAAAAGGAAGCCUGGGGACCCAUUACAAAACCGCAACCUCAAGUGGAAAUGGUGAUUCCUAUUAUACCUAUCAUACCGUCGAUUAACACCUGCAUGAGUUUAACAACAACCACAACAACGUCCACGAACACGCGCACAGUGCCCGAAGUCAACACCACGCAGUUGCAAGCUCUUGCGGAUGUGUGCAGCACCGUUAGCUCUACACUAACACCCAUAUCUAAUCCGGUGAUGAACUCCCUAGUUUCGCCAACUAAAGUUGUAACCAACGAUGAGAUUAUAAAUCCCAUACCAACCACAGUUGCGUCUAAUAUUGAGCUGCCCGAGAAAAUUCCCAUUUCAAUUGUGCCAGUGCCCAUUAUGGAGGCUAAAGGAGUUGAAGAGUCUAUUGAGCUGAGCUGCGAUCUUUUUGAUCCGCUGGCAAAGGGCACUGAGGCUGUCAUCGAGGCUAGCAGCAAGUUGGACGGCUCGCCUGUUGUAGAAGAUAUUCCAAUAGAUGAGAAGCGAGACCAAGUGAAUAAUUUGAGCGUGGAAACAAUGUUGGAUGAAAGCAGUCUGAGUCCAUUGAGCGCAGGCGUCAAUGAGCCCAUGGAAUGCAGCAGCAUUAACUCGCAGAUAUCGCCUAAAGAGGCCACCAAACUGGUUGCAGAUGACGUAAUCAUGGAAGACUCGACUAACGAUGUUAACAGCAUGCACGUAGAAAGUCCUUCUUCGUCACCUGUAUCAACUGCUGAGAUGCAUGAGGAAGACGAGCUGGACGCCAAAUCUUCCCGACUGAGGAUAAAUGCAGAUGAUUUAAGUCUGCUCUGUGAUCUAUUUUAUUUACCCUUUGAGCACGGCAUACGUGGCUUGAAAUUGCUCAAUGAGUUUCAAUGGAUAAAAGUCAAUGCAAAUGUAAUGCUCCAGGAUCGUGCUUCAGGCAGUGGUGGUGAUGCUGCCAAAUCCAUGAAACCGGAGGUUAGCGAAUGGUUACAGCGCAGCGAGAUGUUUUCAAAACUUUGCGCUGGGGUUCAAGAGCUGCUGAUGAAAAUCGCUGACUGUGACAACAAGGAAAUCAGCCAUGAUCUGUACUCAUAUGUGUGGGACAUCUUGGGGGCAUUGUCGCUGCUAAAUUGCUACGUCAAGUGGCUGGCGUUGGGACACUUCCCGCAGAAUACAGCCUCAUACACUGAGGGCAGUUAUACGUGGUUUAGCAAAGGCUGGAAAGAGGCUUUCAUGUCUGGAGAUCAGGAACCGUGGGUAUUUCGUGGCGGACUCACAGCUGACUUGCAACGCCUAAUGCCCGUCGAUUCGGGCAAUGAUUUGUUUGUUUACAAGUUACCUGAACAGCCCACUGCCAAUUAUUAUCAAUUGAGGCCCUAUUGCAAUACGGAUGAAACUCAGAUUUACAAGAUCUGUACGCGCACCUAUAUGCAAUGGCAGAGCAAAGAGGAUGAUGAUGAGAUUCUGCUACCCGUUGACUUGGCGGACAUUGUAGCCGAUGGUGUUGUGGGAGCUCAUUUAACGCUGCAUCCAGAGUUUUGUGUGGUUGCCUACGAUAAUUCGAAUGCUUUGGUUGGCUAUGCCUGCGGUGCCUUGGAUGUGAAUGUCUUUCAACGCAAUAUGGAUAUUUGUUGGCUGGCCGAACUACGUGAGAAGUAUCCCAAAACACUGCUGGAAACUGACGGUGAUGUAGGCACAAAUCCACAUAAACUAGUGGCACAAUUUGUGGAAGCAUUUCACAGUAGUCCAGCAGCAUGUCCCACAGAGGUUAGCGGUUCCUUCCCAGCGGUGAUUAGCGCCGCCACCCUUAAGGAAGCAGAGCAGCGGGAUAAUGGCCUCGCCAAAAGACUGUUAACAGUCUUACUGGCCGCUUUGCGUGCCAAUGGCUGUUUUGGUGUGCACGUCUGCAUUCCCGAAAAUGAUGGGGAGCAGCUGAGUUUUUACACACGGAUUGGCUUUAUUGAGAUUUAUCGGAACGAGAGCAGUAAGUGCAUUUAUUUGGGACGACGCUUUUAG